UGAAAGAACAGAGUGACGCCAGUUCCUGGAAUCCGCAGCGCUGUUAGCUAGCUGCGGCUAAGCUAAAGUUACUAAACAGGCUUUUUAUCUGUGAAGGUAAAAUGUUUUACAGGAUUUAAAGUGUUUUAAUGUGUUUUUGGAGAGUUCGGUUUCAGUCCAGCGCCGGAGCGAGACUGCGGUGAGUCUACCUGCACAGGUGAGUGCUGACCCGUCAUGGCCCGCCCACUCUUCGGAGGAGCUUUAUCAGCACUCAUCCCCUCCAACGCCACAGACGUCAGUGAGCUGAGGGAGGUUCCUGAUAAUCAGGAGGUGUUUGUUCACUCUCAGACAGAUCAGAGUGUGAUUAUAGAGCUGAUGGAGUAUCAGGAUCAGGUGGACGACGCUCAGGCAGCCAGGUAUCAUUUUGAGGACCUGGCUGGCAGUAAUAAAGCGAGUGCUGAGGGAUUGUGGGAGGUGCAGGGGGUGGAGCCUCUGCCCCUGUCUCAGCUCCGCCUACAAGAGUGCAGCUCCGCCUGGAUCCUCACAGGAACACAGAUCAUCUCCAAGUUCAAUGAGGAGGCAAAGAACACAGUAAACAUGUACCUGUGUGUGAUGCGCCUCCCUCAGUUCACCACCGACAUCCUGCUCACCUUCAACCACCCCGUCACCAUCAGUCCUCUCAGCAGUAGUGCGGGGGUCGGUGAGGACGGGGGAUGGACGCUGCAGGACUUCCACACUCUGCUAAAAUCUCUACAGCUACUGGACCCUGGAGUAUUCGGAUAAACACACACACUCACUCAGACCCACACACACAGACACACACACACUUCACUCACUAUUCACUAUUCAGUCUAUCUCUGUAUAUAAAGCUGUACAUUAAAUGGAUGGUAAAUAAAAUUCUUGUUUUAAUAA